UCCGGGUGCCUUGCAGGAGCGCGUCGGGUGCGUGGGAUUUGAUCUUGGGAAAUUUGCGGAUUGUCGUUAUUUGGCCUGCACCUCGUCGUUCUGAAGUUACCAUAUUUUUUUUUAAAAGAUGGAUCUGAAUAACGUGUCGAGGCUUGUGUUGUGAGAGGCGAUGGUCAGGGAGAGGGCUGCGAUUGCAUGCCUAGAGAUGUGUCGGCCUCUCUCGGCUGCCUCUGUCACAGCAGCAGGUAAAGUAGGGAGUUCCAUCCAUAGAUACUCGGUGAAGUGCGGUCAGAGUGAGCAAGGAGGCGGUUUAGCAGAGAAAAAGUUUCGCUGCCACCCCAGAUUGCACUACGGAGUUGAGGGAAACAUGGAUGUGAAGCUUGAAGAGCAGGUUUCCAGCAGUCAUUAUCCAAAGGAAGCUGUGAAGAAACGACCGGGAAAUGUGAGCCGAGAUGUAAGAGGGAGCUCAUCAUCCCGAUCCUCCAGGAAAAGCUUCAGAUUGGACUACCGUCUGGAAGAAGAUGUGACAAAAUCCAGAAGAGGAAAAGAUGGCAGAUUUGUCAAUCCCUGGCCAACCUGGAGUGACCUUGCUUUCACCAACGUGCUGAAGUUUGCUGUGAUGGAGAAGGACCACACCAACAUCCCACGUUCAAAAGCGGAGCUUGACGAAGCAUUGCCGAUAAUAGAACCGUACUUUGUCAAAAACCCGGAGCUGGUAGGAAGUAUGGGGAAUGGAAUUCGAGUGACUUGGUUGGGACAUGCAUCACUGUUGGUGGAAAUGGAAGGACUAACUUUUCUGACAGAUCCCAUCUUCAGUCAGAGAGCUUCACCUGUGCAAUUCUUUGGACCAAAACGUUUCCGAAAUCCACCCUGCACAGUGGCACAGUUACCCAAAAUAGACGCUGUAGUUAUCAGUCAUACCCACUAUGAUCAUUUGGAUUACAAUACAGUGCUGAGUCUUAAUGAGCGAUUUGGGGGUGACUUGAGGUGGUUUGUACCACUGGGUCUCUUAGACUGGAUGCAGAAGUGUGGCUGUGAAAACAUAAUUGAGUUGGACUGGUGGGAAGAAAACUGUGUCCCUGGACAUGAUGAGGUCACAUUUGUGUUUACACCUGUGCAACACUGGAGCAAACGGACUGUGACAGAUGACAACAAGGUGCUGUGGGGAAGUUGGUGUGUUCUGGGACCCUGGAACAGAUUUUUUUUUGCUGGAGAUACAGGUUACUGUGUGGCCUUUGAGCAAAUAGGGAAACGAUACGGACCAUUUGACCUUGCUGCCAUUCCAAUUGGAGCCUAUGAGCCAAGAUGGUUUAUGAAAUAUAACCACGUGAACCCAGAGGAGGCUGUAAGGAUCCACAUAGAUGUUCAAGCAAAAAAGUCUGUAGGAAUACACUGGGGAACUUUUGCUUUAGCCAAUGAGCAGGUGGCCUGUUGGACUUUGACUCUGCCACACCCAAAGGAGUCAAAAAUUGGCCAUGAGACAUCUAUACUUAAAGUACUACUUGGAACCUCGAAGGAAACUUGAGGAAGCUCGAGAAAGAUAUGGAUUGAAACCGGAGGAUUUCUUUGUUUUGAAGCAUGGAGAAUCGAAGAAUUUGAGUGAGGAUGAAGGUUUUCAAUAAAAUUACAAAUUGAUUAUAAGCUAAGUGUGGUUGUUUCACACACAGCAAGCAGAACUUGGCUUGCCUUUCUGAUAACCAUUGUUUUUAAUUUUGGGCUGAAUUUUAAUUGAAGUGCCAUUAGCUUAUGGAUUGUCACAGUUCUUUAAUCUCACUGCACAUAUUCUAAAAACAAGCAUCAUAUAUGCUGCUUUACAAAUUAAAUUUCUCUUGCCCCCCAAAAUUUUUAUUAAUUGAAGUCUAUAUAGUGUUUGUUUUAUCAAACUACCAAAAAAACACCAUUUUAUUGCUGAAUGCUUUGGAUAAAUAAGUGGGUUUUGCAGUGUGUGAGCUGCCUAAAGUGAACCCGUGAUUGUCUUCCAUUGUAGAUGCAUUUAGUCACCUGCACGUUUGCCAAAAAUGUUUUAAGUUUGCACACUUUAAAUAAAUGGAUAUUUUGGGCAUGUGAAAUGCAUAAAGCUUUAUUAUAACUAAAUACUAUUCAUGCAGUGAUUUCAGUGCAGCUUGAGUUAUGACCUUGAACUUGAAAUGGAAAGUUGGCCUUAAGCCAAGUGCCUCUUUAAUAAUCAGAAAUUGUACUGACACUAUAGAUGCAUUGGUGGUCAGAUAGAUAUACAAAGAUGUGGAUUAUCAGUGUCUUUUAUGAAUAAAUGAUCUAUAGCCCUGAGCUUGGUAAUCAUUGUGAAAAUAAGAGUAUGCUACACAGUUAGGGGAAGAUGCAAGACUGGAGAGAAAGGAUAAUGGUAGGGCUACCUAGUUAAUUCAAAGUUGCUUUGCUGGAACCCUGGCUCCGUCUGUUGCUAAUUAACCUCUCAAUUUGUAUUUUUGGCUGUUUUAUAAAUACUUUGUGUUUGCUCUCAGACAGGAGAUAUUUUAAAUGUUUUUAAUCGAUUUUCUCAGGGGGUGGAUGCUACUUUCACUGUGGGAAGUACAUCUGAUAUCCUGGGUUUAUUUUCCCAUUUAAAAAUCCUAACAAAUUUGAAUGGCUAAUAGUACAUAUUUUGUAGCUACUAUGCUAAUACUCCUUUACAACUGAUUUAACACUUAAGGACUGUGUGGGUGUAGUAAAUGGACCAUUAGAACUGAGUAGAAGCUGAGAUGAAAUCUUUUUAGUUACAUAAAAAUGUGAUGAAAUGUAAAAAUUGAGGAGAAAACUCCAGCUGAUCUCUCAAUGACAUUGUUCACAGACGAAAAAUUAAAAAAGUCUCUAUUUUCCUGUUA